AUGGAUCUGUUCGGACCAAUAAACGUUCUCAGCAUUAACAAAAACUCCUAUUGUCUAGUCGUGAUUGAUGAUUUUUCACGUUUUACAUGGGUUUUCUUUCUAUCCAAUAAAGCUGGAGUUGCCGAUCUGAUUAAAAAAUUCAUUGUGUUAAUUGAGAACCAAACUAACAACAGGGUGAAGGCGCUUCGUACUGACAACAGAACAAAGUUUAAGAAUUCUGUUCUCGAUCACUUUUGCGCAGAAAAGGGUAUUAUGCGUCAAUACAGCUCCGCUCACACACCCCAACAAAAUGGUGUUGCUGAGAGGAGAAACAGAACUUUGAAAGACGCCGCAAGGACGAUGUUGGGUGACUCCAAACUGCCUGUCUUCUUUUGGGCUGAGGCGAUAAGCACUGCUUGCUACGUUCAGAAUCGCAUGUUGAUCAACAAAUCUCAAAUGAAGACUCCGUACGAGAUUCUAUAUGGUAGCUCAUCUGGAUCUAUCUCCAAUUCAAAGAAUGUUUCUGAAGACGAAGACGAAGAAGUUGUAUACAUACCUCCAAUGGUAUCCUCUUCACAACCUAAGGGGGAGACUCCUGCUUCGUCUGAGGGGGAGUCCUUCGCUUCACCUGAGGGGGAGUCAUCUGUACAUCCUGAUAGUCCUAAAUCUCCAGUUCAGAAUACUACUCCUGAUGCUGAAUCAACACCACUCACUCCUAUAGAAAGAGAGUUCAUGUCUAAAGACUCUUCCACUACUACUUCAACAUUUAUGGAGCUACACUUUCCUGAAGAUUUUUCAAAUGAGUUUGUGGCAGAGUCAUCUAGCGUGACUCAAUCAGCAACUGAGGGAGGUGUAAAUAUUCACAAUCUUCCUGUCUCUCUAAAUGACAUCAACCAGGAAAUACCCUCAAGGAUUCAACGUGAUUAUCCGAUCGACAACAUCAUUGGUCAGCUAGGCGAUGCCGUAGGUUAA